AUGAGCAGAGCAGAAUUAGUUCUGCUUAUGAGGCUGUCGUUUUGAACACACGUUUUCGACGGCGCUAUGAGGAUUUUAAUUAUCAGAAAUCUUUCGGACAUCUUUUGAGUAAUAUGCAUUCCGACGCUGCUUUCGUCAGUCUAUGCAUUCUUAUCACAAAUGGUGUGUUUGAUGCUAAAACAGAUGAAGUGAAGUCAGUAUCAGUGCUGGAGGGAGAAUCUGUCACUUUACACACUGAUGUUAAAGUACAGAGAGAUGAUCAGAUACGGUGGACGUUUGGACCUCAAAACACUCGAAUAGCUGAAAUCAUUAAAAGGGACCAAAUAAACUUUAUUUUUGUCAGUAAUGAUGGGAGAUUCAGAGACAAACUACUGAUGGACAAUCAAACUGGAUCUCUGACCAUCAGAAACAUCAGAUCUGAACACACUGGACUUUAUGAACUGACUGUCAUCAGUGGAAAAACCUCAUUGAAGAGCUUCAGUGUUACUGUGUAUGCUCCUCUUUCCACUCCUGUCAUCACCAGAGACUCUUCAAACUGUUCCUCAUCAUCUCAAAGAUCAUCAGUGUCCAGAUGUUCAUUGUUGUGUUCAGUGUUGAAUGUGAGGGAUGUGACUCUCUCCUGGUUCAAUGGAAACAGUUUAUUGUCCAACAUCAGUGUGUCUGAUCUCAGCAUCAGUCUCUCUCUACCUCUGGAGGUGGAAUAUCAGGGUACAAACAACUACAGCUGUGUAGUGAAAAAUCCCAUCAGUAACCAGACACAACAUCUGGACAUCAGUCAACUCUGUCACACAUGUACAG